AUGGUAGAUAGUGACUUGGGCAUAGAUAACAUUGAGUGCUCGGGAACUUGUGAUAUUCAGAGUGGAGAUCAAAAGUUGGGUUUUCGGAGGGAGCCUUCAUUCUCAGGCUGGUGCGAUGAAGAUGGAAUUCUCCAUUCAGACCAUCAAUUAGAAAAUGCAGAUACAACUGUAGAAGACUUUGAUUUUGAAUUGCCUUUGAAUCAAGAAAUUAGACCCGAGAAUGGAUUUCUAGACGGAGGGAGAUACCGAUACAGUGAGUCUCAGCAGAGAAAAACAGAAAUGAGUGGUGGCGAAAUUAUGGAUGUUGAUGUAUCUACUCAUAAUGUGGGAAAUGAAAUGGAGAAAUAUGAGCCUUUUGACAUUGAAAAUGGGCCUGGAAGGAAGGUUUAUUUUUCAAAUGUUGGAAUCAAAGGCUCCAAUGCUAUGGAUAGUGCUGAAGCAUCAACAACAAAUAUCAAGAGUGCUAUUUCUACUGUUGAUGUGCUUAAGACGUUGUUUUUCAUACUUGUUUGGUACACUUUCAGUACAUUCUUGACACUGUACAAUAAAACUCUGUUGGGAGAUGAUUUGGGAAGGUUUCCAGCUCCCUUGUUGAUGAACACAUUCCACUUUUCUAUGCAAGCAGUUUUAUCCAAAGCAAUCACAUGGUUUUGGUCUCAAAGAUUUCAGCCCAGUGUAACUAUGUCGUGGAGGGAUUACUUUGUGAGAGGUAUUCUUAUGUUUUCUUAA